UGAGUGUGGGCGUGGCUCCGCCUCUGUACUGGGAGUCGGAGUGAUAUCCGAAACUGACGCUGUUUUAUUUGUCCUUCUUCGUCACGUCGGGAAAAAUGUCCUGAAAACGCGAGCCAAACUAUUAACUAACUAACAGUCGGAAAGUGGAUUCUAACGGGGAUAUUUACACCUGGAUGUUUUGGUUGAGACGUUUUUGACACAGUUUCAGCUCCCAAGAGGAAACAAAGUAGUUGGUAAACUUUUAUUUAGCUGGUUAGCAGGUUAGCUUGUUAGCUGCUAAGCUAACAAACACAGUUAAAUGGUGUGAGGUAAAGUCGACCGAAGCAACAGGUCUCCUCUGAGAUAUGAAGUAAAAAAAAGAACACGGUGACUUUCUAAUUCGUUUUUUUUAUUUUUAUUAUUAUUAUUUUUUUUUUACAAAGUCCGGAUUAAUUUAUUCCCAGGAAAAGUACAAUUUUCCUCUCUGUGUACAUCAGACUAAUUGAGCUAAUUUUAGCAAACCGCUUUCGGACAAAAGGAAAAUUCAGGAGUUAAAUCGUUUAAAUGCGUUACGAAGACAAGAUGAUGCCGAUGUUCUUGACCGUGUAUCUCAGCAACAACGACCAGCAUUUCACGGAGGUGCCAAUAACUCCGGAGACGAUGUGCCGCGAUGUGGUGGAGCUCUGCAAAGAACCGGGAGAGAUGGACUGCCACUUAUCUGAGAUGUGGAGAGGAUCAGAGCGAGCAGUGGGUGAGGGCGAGAGGAUGCUAGAGAUACUGCAGCGCUGGGGAUCACGCAGAUCUGAGGUCCGCUUCUUCCUGCGCCACGAGAGAACGCUCGGCCGUGAGCCAGGAAAUGCCAGGAGCAUGGAACAGAGGAGGAACGGUGUUAAAGGAGCCCCUGAUAGAAGGACGGAGAAUGGGGUGGCCGCUCCACGCAUGGACAUGACUCUGGGGGAGCUGCAGGAGAUGGCGACAAGGCAGCAACAACAAAUCGAUGCUCAGCAGCAGCUGCUGGCCUCUAAGGAGCAGCGGCUGCGCUACCUGAAGCAGCAAGACCAGAUGAAGCAGCAGCAGGCUUCUGAACAGGAGAAGCUGCAGCGUCUCCGGGAGAACGUGGAGAAGCAGGAGGCUAGGCUCAAGAAAGUGCGUGCGCUUAAAGGCCAGGUGGAGCAGAAGCGCAUGAGCAACGGAAAACUGGUGGAGGAGAUCGAGCAGAUGAACAAUCUCUUCCAGCAGAAGCAGCGCGAGCUCGUCGUAGCAGUGUCUAAAGUCGAGGAGCUCAGCAGGCAGCUGGAGAUGCUGAAGAACGGCAAGAUGGAUGCUCUCCACGAUAACCAGAGUGCCGUGGCCGAGCUCGAUCGGCUCUACCGAGAGCUGCAGCUGAGGAACACUAUGAACCAGGAGCAGAAUUCUAAGCUGCAGCAGCAGAGAGAGAACUUGAACAAGAAGAACCAGGAGGUGGCCACAAUGGACAAGAGGGUCAGCGAGCUCCGCGAUCGCCUCUGGAAGAAGAAAGCAGCUCUACAGCAGAAAGAAAACCUUCCGAAUGGCUUCCCCGUUAAGGAAAAGGCUUCAAAAGAUACCCAACCCAAAAAGGCUAAUUCUGAUGGCCAGGUCCCUCUGUCAGCGGGUCAGUCUCGUGUGGCUGCAGUGGGGCCGUAUAUCCAGUCGUCUACAGUGCCGCGCGGCCCAGCCAGACACGACCUGCUGAAACCCACCUACCCCGACGGCACUGCCACGCUGCCACCUCAGGACAAGAGCACUGGCACGGUGACUGCUCCAGCCAAACCUGGCACAGGCCUCCCAUCGUCAAAGGUGCUUAACGUGUCUGACUGGAGCUCCUCUCCAUCAGAGUCCAACAGCACCCACGCCUCGUCUACUUUACCCCGCCUGCCAAGCCAAAUGCCAAGCGCAGAGCAAGCUCCAGAUGACCCAGACUUGAUGAAAAGAGGACAUCAGGACCGGAAGCCACGUCCAAUCUCCAUGUUUGAGUCCACCGAGCCAUCCACAGCCUCUUUACGCAAAAAUCAGAGCAGCGACGACCUUGCGAGAGACGCCCAGAACGCUACAAAAAACCCAGUCAAAAUUCCCCCUCCUGUCCCAAGCAAACCCCGACAGGUCAAUCUGCCCUUCCCAGGCGCUGGCACCUUCCCAGGCAAGGGUAAAGUGAACAGCCAGCAGCAUCGCACGCCUCUUCCUCCGACUCAAAGCAACACACUUCCCCUACCACCCAAGCAGGAAACCCCACCAGCCGCCACUGUACGACCUUUCACCCCAGAGCCCAAGGAACCUUCUUUGCAGAAACCUCAGACCGUGGCAGCCAGCUCCAUCUACUCCAUGUAUACAAAACAGUCAGCAGUAGGCAAGGGCUUGCAGCAAAGUAUACAUGGAGCCCUGAACCGUUCACAAAACCGCCUCAACUUUGUUAGCAUGUAUGGGAAGCCUGUGAUCACCGCAGGCCAGCUGUCCCAGUCAUCGCAGGUGGACAACCCCUACAUGGAGUCUGACCAAGGCACAAACGGCACUCCAGCGCCCGAGACCCAAGAGACUGAACGUAUCCCACGACCACUGAGCCCCACCAAGCUGCUGCCGUUCAUCUCCAACCCGUACCGUAACCAGAGCGACAUGGACCUGGAGGCUCUACGCAAGAAGCUCUGCAAUGCCCCAAGGCCUCUAAAAAAGCGCAGCUCUAUCACUGAACCCGAGGGUCCUGCCGGUCCUAACAUCCAGAAACUUCUCUACCAGAAAACCACCCUGGCUGCCAUGGAAACCAUAGUCAGUCCUCCCUCUUCAGCAGAGGACGAGAAACAAGUGCCCAAGCCUGUCAGCACCAAAGAAGCAGAACACACAUCUCCUGAACAGCCGCUUGCUGACCCACUGCCACCAAUAGACGUCCUGAAAAUCGACGGCGAGGAUUUCAUCCCACCCCCACCGCCAUCGCACCCUGCUCCUCGCCCCGAAGACGCUCUCUUAAACCCGCCUCCUCCUCCUCCUCCUCCUCCUCCUCUGGAGGUCGAAGAGCUGCUCCCGUUACCCACCGAAAGCUACGUAGAGGAGUUCCCUCCGUAUCCUCCUCCUCCUUAUCCAAGCGGUGCUGAGCAGGAAGCUCUGGGGGACGACACGUUAAACAUGAAGCCACCAGAGGUCAUGGGACAGGUGCCUCAACCACCAGGCAAAAGGACCAAUUUGCGCAAGGUUGGAUCGGAGCGCGUGGACCAUAGCAUGAGAGUGAAGUUUAACCCCUUGGCUUUGCUGCUAGACUCUUCUCUGGAGGGAGAGUUUGAUCUGGUGCAGAGAAUCAUCUAUGAGGUCGAUGACCCCAGUCAUCCAAAUGAUGAAGGGAUCACAGCUCUACACAACGCCGUCUGCGCCGGACACACAGAGAUAGUCAAAUUCCUCGUACAGUUCGGAGUCAAUGUUAACGCUGCCGACAGCGACGGCUGGACUCCUCUGCACUGUGCCGCCUCCUGUAACAACGUGCAGGUGUGCAAGUUCCUCGUGGAGUGCGGAGCAGCUGUGUUCGCCGCCACAUACAGCGACAUGCAGACGGCUGCAGAUAAGUGUGAGGAGAUGGAAGAGGGCUACACCCAGUGCUCACAGUUCCUCUACGGUGUGCAGGAGAAAAUGGGCAUCAUGAACCGGGGCGUGGUCUACGCGCUGUGGGACUACAAGAGUGAGGAAGACGACGAGCUGCAGUUCAGAGAGGGAGACUGCAUGACCGUGGUGAGGAGAGAGGACGAGGACGAGAUCGAGUGGUGGUGGGCACGCAUGGGCGACAAGGAAGGCUACAUUCCCAGGAACCUGCUCGGGCUGUAUCCAAGAAUCAAGCCACGGCAAAGGAGUUUGGCUUAAAUAAUCAUCCAUAAGUGGAGGAUAAUCUGUAGACAUCUUUGGAAAAUGUGUAUACGCACACGCACAGGACAGACACUGGCUCAAGAAUCCGAAUCAAAUGAAGAGACGCAAAUAUGAAGGAUUUUUUUUUAUGUCUUCUUUUGUAAGUACAAUAAAGAAAACUGAACCUCCUCCCGCAGGCCGACUCUGCACUUUUCUAUACUACGGUUUCAAUUUUUCUUUGUGCUCUUGAGUCAAUAAGCAUCGUUGUGCCCUUUGUAAACCCUUUACUCUUAUAAUUUCACUACAACGUAGCAGCACAAAUUUUUUGCUUCUUUGUUACACUUUUUUUUUUUUUUAACAUAUACAGAGGCUUGUAUAAUCCUGUUUAUUUACCAAAUUAUGAAAGGUGUAAAUGCAAUAUGCUUUGGAUAAGAUCUGUUGUUUUAUUUUGGUUUAGAUUUAGUGUAACAGUGAUUAAACACUACAGUCACCGAAACAGCUCCAGAUCACUUCAGAUAUGAGGACGCUCUGUUAUUAUGAUCUAUGUUCUUACACUGUAGUGCACUGAAGCUCUUAAACUUUUGUGAAUGAGAGCUAAUGCGAGUGCUAUUACCGUAAGUCAGUAUUCUUUUUGCUUUUUUUUUUUUUUUUUUUUUUUUUUU